AUGACCGAGACCAUCGAAAUUGCGACUGAAGCCCCCAAGGGCACUGCCAAUGGGGCUACCGUCCCCAAGACAGCUGCCAACAACCCCCCAUUCGAUACCAGAACAUUCCACUGGACGGAUGCAAAGUCGAAGAAGCCAACACGGCCUGAAGACCCAUACGAAUAUCUCUCGGGGUUCGGCAACGAAUUUGAAUCUGAGGUUAUUCCUGGCGCUCUGCCAGUCGGCCAGAAUGCUCCACAGCUCUGCGCAUACGGGCUCUAUGCCGAGCAGAUCACAGGUUCGUCCUUCGCUGCGAGUCGAGCGAAUAUGAUGAGGAGCUUUUUGUAUCGCCGGCGUCCAGCUGCUGUCCAUACUUCGCUUGAGCAGAUCGAGGGCAACUCUACCACUACAGCCUCUUUUCUGCCCACGGAUAGCUCGCUCCAUCUCGCCCCAUCACAGCUGUCGUGGCGGGCCUUUACAAUUCCCGGAAAGAACAACCCUGAUGUGGACUUUAUCCAGGGCAUUCACACACUCGGUGGUAGUGGUCAUCCUAAUCUCCGAGAGGGUAUUGCCUAUCAUAUCUACGCAUUCAACAGCGGUAUGCCCAACAAGGCGUUUGCCAAUAUUGAUGGUGAUCUCUUGAUUUGUGCCCAGGAAGGCCACCUGGAUAUUACGACCGAGUUUGGUCAUAUCUAUCUGCAGCCUUCUGAGCUUUGUGUCAUUCAGCGCGGGCUUCGAUUCAAGGUGGACAUUGUGGGGGAGCACUCGCCCGAGGGUGCUCGCGGAUACAUCAUCGAGACCUGGGGUACCAAGUGGGAGCUUCCAGAGCUUGGGCCGCUCGGUGGCUACGGCUUGGCCAAUUCUCGCGACUUCCUCUAUCCCACGGCCGCCGUUGACACGACAUCGACGGGGUCCUGGACCGUCGUGACGAAACAACUCGACAAGUAUUAUGCCAGCUACCAAGACCAUUCCCCCUUCGACGUCGUUGCGUGGCACGGGAACUAUACACCCUACAAGUACGAUAUGAGCAAGUUUGCGUAUCAAAACCCGGCGGCUAUUGACCACACGGAUCCAUCCAUCAACACCGUUCUAACUGCCAAAUCGCGAGAUGCUGAGGCCCCGUUGUGCGACUUCCUCGUAUUCGGGCCACGCUGGGAUGUGGCUCAGAACACUUUCCGGCCACCGUACUUCCACAGGAACUGCGCUUCCGAAUUCCUAGCCAGGAUCUACGGGCCCACUGGUGGAGGGCGUUCCGAAGUCUUCGUUCCAGGCGGUGCUAGCUACGAGGCUGGCCAUACUCCGCACGGAACUGCAGACUCGCGGACCAUGGCUGCCAUGCACGCCGAUUUGAAACCAAUGCGUGUUGGAGAGAACCAAAUGACCAUCAUGCUCGAGAGCUGUCGGAGCCUGCUGUUCACUGACUGGGCGAUGACCGGCUCUAGAGUCUUGGCUGCCGAGGAUAUCCCUCUUUCGGCAUGGGAUUUGGCACCGGACCGAUUUGUCGAUGAUAAAGAGGCCCAGCGGCUUCUACAGGAAUUAGCAAAGCAGCCAAAAGGCCUUUAA